CGUUACUUCGCCCGGGAAAGAUCGUCAUCACCGGAAUCGGCUACUCUUGACAUGGAAGAAACAUUGGGAUAGGAAACAAACCCCGUCUUCGUCAUUGCACGCAACGGAGAGAAGCAUCACAUCCCCCACCUCAGCACCUCACCUCAUCCCAACAUGCCCCCAACCAACGCCCUCAUCUUCGGCGCCGGCGGCGUAGGCUGCGUCUACGGCUACAUCAUGCACAAAGGCGGCGCGCGCAUAACAGCCGUCUGCCGCACAAACUACCCCGCCGUCAAGGAGCGCGGCAUCCUCAUCCACUCCCAAAUCUUCGGCACUUGUCGCUACCACCCCACCGCCGUGCAGACCGCCGCGGAAGCUGCACAGCACGGCCCAUUCGACUACAUCAUCGUCGCCAGCAAGGCUUUUCGCGAGACGCCGGCGCUGAUUCGCGACGCUGUUACCCCUGGACAUACGACUGUUGUGCUGGCGCAGAAUGGGAUUGGGAUUGAGGAGGAGUACGCGAGGCUCUAUCCGUCGAAUCCUAUUGUUUCUGGCGUCGUCUAUCUCCCCGUUACGCAGACGGAGCCGGGCGUGGUGGCAAUGGCGGCGCUCGAGCGCUUCGAAAUCGGCACGUAUCCCGCCAACGCCUCUGCCAAAGCGAAGCAGGCCGUCCAGCGGUUAUCGGAAAUCUGGACCGCAGGCGGAGCUACGGCGCCUGUCCUUGACGACGUCCAGCCCUUGCGAUGGCUCAAGGUGGCUAUCAAUGCUGCUUGGAAUCCCACGACUGCUCUUACGCUCUGCGACGAUGCGAAUUACCUGCGCUCGUCGAGCACGUCGGAGAAGACGGUUGUGCGAAUCAUGCAGGAAGUGGGGUUAGUAGCGACCGCAGCUGGGUAUCCCGAUGCCAUUACGGACGAGACGAUUGCAAAGGAUCUGGAACGGCCGAGAGCACGCUUAGAGACCGGGGGCAAAGAGCCCAGUAUGCUGACGGAUGUGCGAGAGAAUCGGCCUAUAGAAGUGGAGGCUAUUCUGGGCAAUAUACUGCGGAUAGGGAAGAAGCAUGGCGUGACGGAGCUGCCAUAUCUGGAGCUGUUGUAUACGCUGGCGAGUGCGAGGGAUUACGAACUGAGGAGGCCGGAGACGUGGAAGCCGAUUUCGUUUGCUGUGUCGAAGUCGAAUGUGCAGCAGAAUGGGCAGAGCUGAUGAUGGGAUGACGAGGUACUUAGACACAUUACAGAUCAGACCUGGUAGAUGUAGAGUGGUUGGUA